CCACAGCGGCAGGACACGUAAGUGCAUGGUACUCACCCGCUCAAAGACAAGCGGCAUGGAGCAACAACCAGGCGAGACUACCGAGGCCUAUGAGGCCCGCAUGCUGGACAUGGUAGCCGAGUACAAGCAACGGGCAGCUGCGGCAACGUCCGUACGUAAGAAGGAAGACGAUGAAGCAGAGGAACAGCGUCGCCUCACUGAAGAGCAGCGACAGGCGGACGCUGAGGCAGCAGUGACGGCUGCAGAUGAACGCCGUCGACUACGCCGAGACAAACUCCUCGAAUGCGAGGGGGAUAUCGAGGUGAUCGCCUGCGAAUGGGCAGUGGCUGCUGAAGAGGAAGGUGCCCCCUCUACUAUGCGUGGCCUUGCAACCACAAUCGAACAUGUGAGCGACCUGAUCGCCACCUGUGCAGCACAGCAAGAGGACCUCCUCUGCAUGGACACCCUGGUCCGGAAGAAGAUUCGUGUUAUUGACGAACUGCUUGACUGGGUACGCCAGAUGGAACAGCAGCUUGCAACAGCCACCCCCGUCGGGCCCUCCAACUUGGCGGAUCGCAUCAACGUCUUGGAGAUCGACGUCGAGACUCUCAAGGACGGCGCUUUAACGACAAGUCAGCGGAUUGACCAGCAGAUUUGCGUUGUCGCAGCCAGUCCAAGUACAACCAAUCGCGAGAGCAUUCCGAAGUUUGACGGCCUCCCGAUCUUCUGCAAUGCAAUGAAGACGGACCCGAUUCCAUGGUGGCGUCAGUUUGAGCUGAAGUUGGACAUUCAGCACGUGAUCAAUCCGAACCGACAUUCAUACUUAUACUCCCGCUUGGGAGGUGCGUGCCAGGCAUGGCUGGACAACAUGUUGUCCACGCACAACGUCGCAGUGCCCGAGCUGCAUACGAAGAUCAGUUGGGCUGAUCUUAAGGCAGCAUGGCACAAGCGGUUCCAAGUGGAGUCGCGCGAGCUUCAGGCAGCUGAGAAACUUCAACGGUUCUAUCAGAAUGACCUGCCAAGCACGGACUGGAUCACCGAGUACCAACGCUUGGCAUCCACGCCUACAUUGCCGUCGACAUUCAUCGCUAUCAAGCACUUCUUCAUUAGGAGGAGCUGCCCGGCGUUGCAGAACGCCUUGACGCAAGUUACGAAGAUGCUCACCACAAGUGAGCAACUUUUUGACAAAGCCUCGCAGAUCAUCCUGAUGAACAUUGAGGCCAAGAAUUUGGGCCAUUCGUCUGCGGCAGGCCAGGGCAGAGGACAGCAUCGGCCGAAAGUGGCCGUGGUCACAACAACUACAACGACCAACAUUUCAAGCGAGGCUGCCUCUUCUGAGGAAGGAGACAGAUUGGCAGCCGUCGGGGAUGGUGGCCGCCCCGCCAGAGGGCGAGGACUACCGAUAUUGCUUGUGGUGCAACAGCGCGGUGCACAACACCGCAACGUGCACCACGCCGGUCCAAGCCAAAUCCCCUUCGGGAAAGUGAGCACCGCCGAGAGUGAUGCGACUGCACUCUCGAGGCCUUCGGAAUCGGUUGCUUCACGAGCGACCUCUCUUCAUUCUGAGGCACAUGCGGAAGUCGACAGUCCUCUCUUGUAUUCUUAUGAGGACUAUGCUGCCCUGCUCGUUCCUUCGCUGGGUUAUCAAGCUCAAGGACAAGAUGUGUGUGCGGCUUCUUCUCCGUCCGACAACAGCAACAAUCGAUCGUCUUCAAGUGGCUCUUCAAGGGAUUCGACGCACGAGUUCAACAUAGAGGUCUUGGACCCGUUGACGUCCGAGGACUUUGCAUGGCUUCCUAUCCCUUCCACAGGCUGCUUGCCGGAACGGCAAUGCACAACACCAUGCGCCCAUCUUCACACAUACUUAGCCUUCUAUGCACCACCAUCUUCGCCGACGGAUGACGAAGCUGCGGUGGGGGACAUCCUUGCAUAUGUUACCAAGGUGGCCCGCGCGUUUCGCAUGCAGCGGUACGAUGAUAACAACGCACCGCUCCUCUACGUCCGCAUCCAAGUUGGACAAGCGUCCUGCAACGCUUUGCUGGAUAGCAGCGGGACUCGCAAUUUCAUCAGCCUGUCCUUUAUUCAAAGGGCUGGCCUUGGCGCUCAAGUUCGAAGGAAGCCAAACCCGACGGUGAUCAAGUUGGCGGACGGUCGGACGCAACAACUCCUCGAUCGCUACAUUGAAGCCGUGCCGGUUUAUUUCGCACCUCAUGCAUGCGAACCGGUGACGUUUGACGUCUUGGACACGGACUUCGACAUCAUUUUGGGCAUGCCUUGGCUUGCAAGUGCGGAYCACACGGUUAACUUCCAUCAGYGGACACUUACYGUUCGCGACGCCUUCGGCGUCGAGGUGCCGUGUACCAUUCCUCUUCCGCACUCCUCGAUCCGGUGCCAAGUUGUAACGACCAAGUCUUUUCGGGCCAUUUGCGCUUACGAGCGGACCGACGAGAUAGGCCUAUGUUUUCUACGAGCCGUCGCGACGACUGAAUCUUCACCAACGAACUUGUCUUCGGACCCCCGAGUGGUGCGGCUGCUCGAUGAGUUCACCGACAUCUUCGAGUCUCCUACCGGUGUGGUGCCGGAUCGGCCGAUCUGCCACGAGAUCAUUCUCGAGGCCGGUGCCGUGCCGCCGAAAGGAUGCAUCAAUCGCAUGAGCGAGGAAGAGCUCGAGGUUCUCCGCGCUAACUGGACGAUCUUUUGGACAAGGGUUGGAUCCACCCUAGCAGCUCACCAUACGUUGGACUUGAAGUCGGGCUACCACCAAAUCUUGAUACGCCCGCAAGAUUGCUACAAAUCCACGUUCAAGACGCGUUAUGGAAACUUUAAGUGGAUCGUCAUGCCAUUUGGCCUCACCAAUGCCCCGACGACCUUUCAAGCGGCAAUGACCAACGAGUUUCGUGCGAUGCUAGACCAGUUUGUACUAGUCUACUUAGACGACAUCCUCGUCUAUAGCCGGACAUUGGAGGAUCAUCUUGAGCACCUUCGACGAGUGUUGGAGACGCUCCGCCGCGCAAAGUACAAGGCAAACCGCGACAAGUGCGAAUUUGUCCGGCAGGAGCUGGAAUACUUGGGCCAUUUUGUCACACCGGAGGGCAUCAGUCCGUCGUCGGACAAGAUUCAAGCCAUCCAAGAGUGGCCGGAGCCGAAGACCGUCACAAAUAGCUGUUCCUUCCUUGGCUUAGCCGGCUACUAUCAACGCUUCAUCAAGGGAUACUCGAAGAUCGCGGCUCCUUUAUCCAAGCUUCAAUGUGAGGACCGGCCAUUCGACUUCGACGACCAUGAGCGGACUUCAUUUUUGACUCUCAAAGCCGCAUUGCUAUCCGCGGAGGUGUUGCGCAUCUACGAUCUGCUUUUGCCGACACGUGUCACUACCGAUGCGUCCGGCUAUGGCAUUGGUGCCGUCCUCGCGCAACAUGACGGUGUGGACUGGCACUUGAUCGAGUACUUUAGCAAGAAAGUGUCCGCCGUGCACUCGAUUGACGAUGCACGAAAGGAGUUAUUGGCCUUCAUACACACUCUCAAACGCUGGCGGCAUUUUCUUCUUGGUCGGCGGCAGUUCCGAUGGGUAACGGAUAACAAUCCAUUAGUCUUCUACAAGACCCAAAACACAGUCAAUAGCACCAUUGCCCGUUGGAUGGCCUUCAUCGACCAGUUUGACUUUUUCCCCGACCACAUUCUGGGCAAGUCAAACCAUUUUGUGGAUGCUCUUUCACGACGUCCGGACCAUUGUACCGCAGUCUACUCAACUUUUGAGAUUGAUGAUGACUUGCGGGACAGCUUCAUCCGCGGCUACCAAGCCGACCCCGAGUUCCGCGACAAGUACGCGAAUUGCUCCUCUCCUAAUCUGACGCCUUCUCACUACCGGAUCCAAGAGGGGUACUUGCUUGUCCACACGCGGGGGAAGGACCUUCUUUGCGUACCAAGUGAUCUUCACUUGCGUACACGGCUUCUUGGCCAGUUCCAAGAUGCUCCCGCCACCAGACACUUUGGAUUCAAUCGUACGAUUGGCCGACUUCGCGAGCGAUUUUGGUGGUCCGACCUUCUCGGCGAUGUCACACGCUAUUGCGAGUCAUGCGAGGUUUGCCGACAUUGCAAGUCCCGCAACCACCGUCCGUACGGCGAGUUACGACCAUUACCGGUCCCUUUGAGGCGAAGGGAAGCGAUUGCCAUGGACAUCACCGGCCCGUUCCCCAAGCACAAGACCGGCGUGGAUGGGAUUCUCACGGUGGUCGACCAACUCACCAAGUUUGCCAUGUUUUUGUCGUGCCGCUAUCAUGCCAAGGCACCGGAGUUGGCUGAGGUUCUGUACGUCGGUUGGAUUCGAACCAAGGGCUACCCCAAGGAGAUCGUCUGCGACUACGACACUCGGUUUAAGUCCGAUUUUUGGAUGGCACUCAUCAAGCGAUGGGGCUCAUCUCUCAAGCCCAAUUCAACUCGCCACCCUCAGACCGAUGGCCAAACGGAGAGGGCGCGCCAUACCGCACAAGUUCUCCUUCGCACUCUUGUCCGUCCGGACGAGAAGGACGGGGUUGAGCGGCUGCCGGAUGUCGAGUUGGCCUACAACUCUUCCAUCCACCCGGCUAUCGGGAUAUCGCCGUUCGAGUUCGAGCACGGUUCGCCGGUCACUUCACCAUUGGACAUUAUUACUCCACGAGCGGCCGAGAGCGACGACCAUCUUCUUUUCUUGCGUCGGAUGCAAGAGCUUAUUGUCAAGGCACGCGACCAGAUGGCUAAGACGCAGCAGCGCAUGAGCCAGCAGGCCAAUCGCCAGCGUCUUCCUUGUCCAUUCCGCGCCGGCGACCUCGUUUGGGUUUCCGCAGCGGAAUUCAGCCUUGAACAAGACAUCUCUCGCAAGCUCCUCCCAAAAUGGAUGGGGCCUUGGCCGAUCGUAGCACCCGCUGGAGACGCACCCGAGAGACCUUCCUUCACGAUUCAGUUGCCCGCCCACUUGCCCGUCUACCUAGUUUUUCAUUGCUUCAAGUUGGCUCUUUACACGCCAGCGGAUCAUGACAAUUUUCUCGGGCGACGUUUGCAAGACCCACCCUCUAUGGACGGAUUUGAGGAGGUCGGCGACAUCAUCUCCCAACGACGCUACAACAACAGGCCAACCGAGUACUUGGUACAUUUUGUAUACUGCACACAUCGAGCUGACCGUUGGUUGACCCGUGCGGAACUUCAAGCAACAGCUCUAGACGUUCUCGCACGCUACGAACGCAAGAUGCAAGGCAAGCCGGUCUCUUCGGCUCCACUCCGUGCCCGCGUCCAGGUUCCACCUUCAGAUCGUCAGCUUCGCCCUCGCCCCGACUUGAUUUCAUAAGGAGGGGGGGGUGUUACAUGUUGCGCCUGCACACGAGGGCCAUUUCCCAGGCCCUGCGUCCUUCAGGCUAAAAGCCUGGUUUUC